AUGCCUAAGCAGUUGACCUUCCGAAUUGCAGUUCAUAUCACACCGCGACUUCUCAUCUGCUACGAUCAAGAUAUUCUCGGUGAGGCGACAUCCAUCACAAUGUCGAUUAAGGUAGCGAUUAUUGGCGCAGGUCCUGCUGGUCUAGUUACCCUCAAGACCCUGCUAGAGGCCUCGACACCGGAACAGCGGAUUGAGGCUUGCCUAUUUGGAGCCGAAGCGGAUAUUGGCGGGACAUUCAACUACCGAUCCCAUCAGAAUGCAGAACUGGUCAGCAGCAAGCAGUUGACCACAUUCUCGGACCAUCGCUUGCCACUGGAUAGGCCUGAUCAUAUCUCACUUCCUGAAUAUGUGGACUAUCUGCGAUCUUAUGUUGCCAAGUUCAACCUGGACACCCAUAUCAAGCUCAACAGCCCCGUCAUUCGUGUAGACCGACUGCCAGAGAGCUCCCAGUGGAUACUUCGUGUCAACUACCUAGACGGGACAGACUCUGAGGAUAAGCAAGAAAAGUUCUAUGACUGUUCGCACAUUGCCAUAUGCACGGGACUACACGUUGCGCCCAAUAUUCCCACUAUCCCGGGAAUUGAGAACGUCAAUGGUGAUGUGUUUCAUUCAUCACUUUACAAGGAUCGCUCACAGGUAGCAGGCCGCAAUGUCCUGAUCUUAGGAUGUGGGGAAACAGCAAUGGAUAUCGCCUAUGAAUCCAUCAAAGCCGAUGCCCAGUCAGUCACGAUGUGCUUCCGAACUGGAUUCCUUUCCUUUCCCAAGGCAGUCAGUGGCUUCCAGAUUUUUGGCAAGACCUUCGGUGGCGGCCUUCCCAUCGACGGUCUCAUCGCCAACCUCUUCGAGACCGUAUAUGUACAUCGCGCCAUAGCCCGCAGCAGACUACGCUACACGUCGGUGGUCUUCCGUAAGAGCGACUGGGUCGAGCAUUCGUGUUCGUCAACAAGAGUAGCAAGGCAAUGCCAGACCUCAACCGGCCCUAUCAAAAGCACAAUCCGCUUUUGGCUUGUCUUGGGAUUCGAUACAUUGAUCCGCCAGAAGAUGCCAAUUCCAACCGAGUCGUCGAUACUUGUACAUGAGUAUAUGGAUGACUCUGGCCGAGUCCAUUUCCAAGCUAACCCCGAAAGGAAGGAUUGGCAGCGCUUGAAGAACGAGGUCAUCAAGCCGGACUGUGUGGUAUACUGUAGAGGGUACAAUCAACACUUCCCCUACCUUGACAGCACAUAUCCCACAGCAUCCGACGCCCGAAUUCGAAACGUCAUCCACCCAUCCCACCCGGAUAUCGCCUUCGUCGGGUUCGUCCGCCCAGGCGUCGGUGCCAUCCCCCCAAUCGCCGAGCAACAAUCCAUGUGGUGGACAGCUCUUAUCACCGGGAAAAUGGUCAUUCCAAAAUAUCCUCCACACUACCAUCUCUUAGCUGCCAAAGGGUCACGCAUCCAAUACGGCGUCGACCACAGCGCAUACAUGGGCACACUAGCUCGAGACUUUGGCGGUGCACCGGGACUGAUGGAGUUGUACCGUGAGCAUGGGCUGCGGAUGCUGCUGAUUUACUGCUUCGGCGCCUCAUUCGUCACAUUUUUUCGGUUACUCGGUCCCUUCAAAUCGCCCGUUGCGCCGGAGAUUGCGCGGACGGAGUUGGCGGAGUUGAUUCUUCGACGGGGUAUUGCUGGAAAUCUCUUCUUUGGACUGGUACCUAUGGUGUUCUAUGGAUCUAUUAAUGCGGUGGCAUUUUGUAUUGCAUUAAAUUGGGUUGAUUCCCGCGGAGAAGGAGGUAGUGUGUGA